AAAAAAGAAGCAAACUAUUUUAUUUUUAUUUUUUUUUUCUUGCUUAGUGAAACAAACAACAUACACAGACCAGUGCGAGAGGGAGAGAGAGAAGGAGAAGAUGAUGACAAUGAUAAACAAUAGAUAAAAAAAAAAAAAGGCAGCGAGCGAGGUGGGGAAGAAAAAAGGGCGAAGUGAUAUAGAGAGGAGAGAGAGAAGGCGAGGGGAGGGGAGGGAUCACGAGGUGUGCUUCCUCCUCCGCCCAAUCGGGCCCAACCAAAUCCGCCAGCGCCGCCUCCUUUACCACCUCUUUCCCCGGAGCUAAAAGGCGAGGGAGGGGAGAGGCUGCGCGUCGCUUCUUGGAUCGCGGGGCGGGGUCACGGGACGCGCGCCGCGGGCCGGUAACGCUACCUGCUGCUGCUGCUGGUGGACUGCUCGCCUCGACACCUUGCCUCCUAGCCUACCACCUCCUCCUCCUGCUGCUGCUGCUUUGGCUGGCGCCGGCGAUGGACCGGGCGGCGCUCACCGUGGGGCCGGGGAUGGACAUGCCCAUAAUGCACGACGGCGACCGCUACGAGCUCGUACGCGACAUCGGCUCCGGCAACUUCGGCGUCGCGCGCCUCAUGCGCAACCGCGCCGACGGACAGCUCGUCGCCGUCAAGUACAUCGAGCGAGGCGAGAAGAUCGACGAGAACGUGCAGCGGGAGAUCAUCAACCACCGCUCCCUGCGCCACCCCAACAUCAUCCGCUUCAAGGAGGUCAUCCUCACCCCGACGCACCUCGCCAUCGUCAUGGAGUACGCCUCCGGCGGGGAGCUCUUCGAGCGCAUCUGCAACGCCGGCAGAUUCAGCGAGGACGAGGCGCGUUUCUUUUUCCAGCAACUCAUAUCAGGGGUCAGCUACUGCCAUUCCAUGCAAGUAUGCCAUCGUGACUUGAAGCUAGAGAACACCCUGUUGGACGGGAGCACCGCACCUCGCCUCAAAAUAUGUGAUUUCGGCUAUUCAAAGUCAUCAGUUCUACACUCUCAGCCGAAAUCCACAGUGGGAACUCCUGCAUACAUUGCUCCUGAGGUUCUUCUGAAGAAGGAAUACGAUGGAAAGGUUGCUGAUGUCUGGUCAUGCGGAGUAACCCUUUAUGUGAUGCUGGUCGGUGCAUAUCCAUUUGAGGACCCAGAUGAGCCUAAGAAUUUUAGGAAGACAAUUCAGAGAAUAUUGGGUGUGCAGUACUCAAUUCCAGACUAUGUCCACAUAUCUCCAGAAUGCCAAGAUCUUAUUUCUAGGAUUUUUGUCGCCAACCCAGCCACUAGGAUCACCAUCCCUGAGAUAAGAAACCAUCCUUGGUUCUUGAAGAACCUCCCAGCUGACCUAAUGGAUGACAGCACAAUGAGCAAACAGUACGAGGAGCCCGAGCAACCAAUGCAGAGCAUGGAUGAGAUCAUGCAGAUCCUGGCUGAGGCGACCAUUCCAGCAGCUGGUUCUCGUGGACUCAACCAGUUCCUGAACGACGGCCUUGACCUCGACGAUGACAUGGAGGACCUAGACUCAGAUGCCGAUCUUGACCUGGAAAGCAGUGGGGAGAUCGUGUAUGCUAUGUGACAGCAUCGAAUACUCAGCAACGAGGCAAUGUGUAUCAUCAACCGCGCUCAGAUGGCUCUGUUGCGUCAAAGGUUACCAAGAUAAUACGCAAGGGGUGUGCGCUGCUGGCAGUUGUAUUGUACUUGCAGGUAUCUGCUGCAUAUGCUGCUCACGCCUGAUGCCGUGAUGCCCCUUUUCUAUCAUCCCGUUGUGUUUGGCUGUUGUUUGGUGCACCUCCAGUGUUUUACAACAGUUUAGCCCUUUGGAAUUGCUACUGCUAGAACCUCGUUCAUCUGAGAAGACCCUUUGUUUCUGCAUCCCCGACUAAGGGAUAGCGAUGUACUUGUAUCAUUACACUGUUUGUAUCAUAUGUAUUUGGUGUAGGAAAAUAAAGAAACUCCAUUGCCCGUUCUCUUUUCCA